GCCUCAGCCUCGCAUCCGUCCGGCGACUCCUGCAGCAAGUGGACCGACCGGAGAGCCUCCUCACGAGCUAACGGCUGAACACAACGGUUUCCCGCGGCCCCGCUGCUUGAGAUGCACGCGCCACUGCUCGCGCUGCUCUGCGUCCUGGCUGCUGCCGCCGGCCAGGGGCCCGACCACAGCCACGGCUGCGCCCAGGGCAGCUGCUACCCGGCGACGGGCGACCUGCUGGUGGGACGACAGAAGAGCCUAAAGGCCUCGUCCACAUGCGGCAUGCGGAGGAAGGAGCCGUACUGCAUCGUCAGCCACCUGCAGGAUGAGAAGAAGUGCUUCGACUGUGACUCCAGGCGGCCGUACGACCCGGUGUACAACACCAUCAACCACCGGAUAGAGAACGUCAUCACCACCUUCAAGCCCCUGAAGACCUGGUGGCAGUCGGAGAACGGAAAGUCGGACGUCUUCGUCCAGCUGGACCUGGAAGCCGAGUUUCAUUUCACUCACCUGAUCAUGACCUUCAAGACCUUCCGUCCGGCGGCCAUGCUGAUCGAGCGCUCCGCAGACUUCGGCCGCACGUGGCAGAUCUACCGCUACUUCUCCCACGACUGCUCCAGGGCCUUCCCCGGAGUCCCCCAGGGUCCUCUGAGGAACAUCAACGACAUCAUCUGUGAGUCGCGCUACUCCGACAUCGAGCCGUCAACGCAGGGAGAGGUCAUCUACAGAGUGUUGGAGCCAGCCAUCGACAUCGAGGACCCGUACAGCCCCAGCAUCCAGAACCAGCUGAAGAUCACUAACCUGAGAGUGAACUUCACCAAGCUUCACACGCUGGGAGACAACCUGCUGGACCCCCGAGCCGAAAUCAAAGAGAAGUACUACUACGCCAUCUACGAGCUGGUCGUACGCGGAAACUGCUUCUGCUACGGCCACGCCUCCGAGUGCGCCCCCAUCGACGGCGUCCGGGACGGCAUCGAGCGGAUGGUCCACGGCAGGUGUGUGUGCAACCACAACACCAAAGGGUUGAACUGCGAGCAGUGCGACGACUUCCACAACGACCUGCCCUGGAAGCCGGCCGAGGGCAGCAGCAGCAACGCCUGCAGGAAGUGCUCCUGCAACCGCCACUCCACCCAGUGCCACUUCGACAUGGCGGUGUAUUUGGCCACGGGCAACCUGAGCGGGGGGGUGUGUGACGACUGUCAGCACAACACCAUGGGGCGCAGCUGUGAGAGCUGCAGGCCCUUCUACUACCAAGACCCCGUCAGGGACAUGCGGGACCCCAGGGUCUGCGUCGCGUGCGACUGCGACCCGGAUGGAUCUCAGAACGGAGGGAUGUGCGACGGCCGCACGGACCCGUCCCUCGGCGCCGUGGGCGGUCUGUGCCGCUGCAAAGCCAACGUGGAGGGGCCGCGCUGCGACAAGUGUAAGACGGGCUUCUUCGGCCUGAGCCCCCACAACCCUCAGGGCUGCCAACCGUGCCGGUGCGACCACAGGGGAACCGUGUCGGGCAACUCCCAGUGCGACCCGGUCAGCGGAGACUGCUUCUGCAAGCGGCUGGUCACCGGGCGCAGCUGCGACCAGUGUUUGCCGGAGCACUGGGCUCUGAGUCUCGACCUGAACGGUUGCCGUCGCUGUGAGUGUGACGUCGGGGGGGCGCUGGACAACCACUGCUCCGUGGAGAGCGGUGAGUGUCGCUGCCGCAGUCACAUGACGGGACGCCAGUGUGCUCAGGUGGAGUCCCGGUUCUUCUUCAUGGCUCUGGAUCACUUCCUGUAUGAGGCCGAGUCGGCCACGAUGGGCCAGGGCUGCACGCUGGAGACCCGGGAGCACCAGCCGGGGCGCCCCGCCACGUGGACCGGCCUCGGAUUCGCCCGGGCACCCGAGGGCGGCACCCUGAAGUUCCUCAUCAGCAACGUGCCGUACUCCAUGGAGUACGACCUGCUGAUCCGCUACGAGUCACAGAUGCCCCGGGACUGGGAGGAGGUGCGAGUCACGGUGAUCCGCCCGGGGCCGAUUCCCACCAGCAGCCCCUGUGGGAACACCAUCCCAGACGACGACCGGCUCACCGUGUCCCUGCCGGCCGGAGCCAGGUUUGCGGUCCCUCCUCACGCCGUAUGUCUGGAGAGAGGCGUGACGUACACCCUCCGCUUCGAGUUCAAGCGCUACCACGACGCCAACAGCAUCCUGAACGGGGCGGCCGACGCCGUCCUCCUCGUGGACUCUAUCGCCUUGAUGCCGCGCCCCUCCUCCCUGGAGAUGUUCAACGCCGGCGACCCGGCCUCCGACAACAGGAAGCAGGCGUACGCGCGGUACCGCUGCCACGAGGCGGCGAAGGGCGUCGCGCGCCCGGCGAUGAGCGACACCUGCGCCAAGCUCGUCGCCAGCAUGUCGGCCGUCGUGAAUGACGGGGCUCUGCCUUGUAGUUGUGACCUUCAGGGCUCCACCAGCUCCAUGUGCGACGUGCGCGGUGGCCAAUGCCACUGCAGGCCCAACGUGAUUGGUCGACGCUGUGACCAGUGCGCUCCAGGAACUCACGGCUUCGGACCGUCGGGCUGCAUCGCCUGCGGCUGCAGCUUGGAGGGAUCCGUGACGAGACUCUGCGACAAGUUCUCGGGUCAGUGCCGGUGCCGGCCCGGAGCGUUCGGCCAGCGGUGCGACGGCUGCCAGGCGGGUCACUGGGGCUUCCCCAGCUGCAGGCCGUGCCUCUGCAACAGCCACGCAGACAGGUGUGACCAGAGGACCGGAGCCUGCGUCAGCUGCAGGGACAACACGGGAGGAGACACCUGUGACAGGUGUGCCAACGGUUACUAUGGUAACCCGGUCUUGGGCAAAGCGCCCAGUGCUCAGUGUCGCGCGUGUCCGUGUCCAGACGGGCCCGACAGCGGACGCCACUUCGCUGCGUCUUGUUACCAGGACGACCGUAACCGACAGAUCAUCUGCAACUGUAACCAGGGCUACACGGGAGCUCGCUGUGGGGAAUGUGCUCCGGGUUUCUACGGCAACCCGUCUCGGCCCGGCGGGCGCUGCCAGCCGUGCCGGUGCAACAACAACAUCGACGUGUCGGACGCGGCCGCCUGCGACCGGCAGACGGGCCGCUGCGGCAAGUGCCUCUACAACACCGAGGGCGGCGACUGCGGCGUCUGCAAGAGCGGCUACUUCGGCGACGCCUCCCGGCGCAACUGCAGGAAGUGCACCUGUAACUUCCUGGGCACGGACCGGGGCCAGUGCAUGGAGCGGGAGGACUGCGUGUGCCAGCGGGCGACCGGCCAGUGCCAGUGUCUGCCCCACGUCAUCGGGCUGCCGUGUGACCACUGCGCCCCCGACCACUGGAACCUGGCCGGCGGGAGGGGCUGCGAGUCGUGCGGCUGCGACCCCAACAACUCGGUCACCUCCUCCUGCAACGAGUUCUCCGGUCAGUGUCAGUGUCGGGACGGCUUCGGAGGGACGACCUGCACGGACUGUCAGGAGAACUACUGGGGAGACCCCGGGACGCAGUGCAGAGCCUGCGACUGCGACUGGCGAGGCAUCGAGACGUCCCAGUGCCACCGGGUGACCGGCCACUGUGUCUGCCAGCAGGGGGUGUCGGGCGUCCGCUGUGACCAGUGUGCCAGAGGCUUCUCCGGCCACUUCCCCGACUGCCAGCCCUGUCACAAGUGCUUCGGGGACUGGGACCGCAUCGUGCAGGACCUGGCCGUGCGCACCAAGACUCUGGCGGGCCGGGCCCACGAGAUCCAGACCACCGGGCUCACCGGGGCCUACGAGAAGGCCUUCGGGGCCCUGGAGGAGAAGCUGGCUCGAGCUCGGGGGAUCGUGGACGCACGCAACGCCACCGCCGCCGCGGUCGCCACCCUGAUGGAGCUCAUCGAAGAUCUCAGAGCGCAGAUCGGUGAGAGCACCGACAGCCUGAACCGCCUGGAGGGCGACCUCACCACGGUGCAGGACAGCAGCUCCGAGGCCAGCAAGGAGCUGAGCGCUCUGGAGAGAGAAGCCCGAGAGCUGAACCUCACCUCGGAGCAGCUGCACCGGCAGCUGGACGUCCUGAAGAACUCAAACUUCCUGGGUGCGUUCGACAGCAUCCACAGCUCCUACAACAAGUCGCGUGAGGCAGAGCGCCGCGCCAACGACUCGACCACCGCGCGGCCCAGCACGGUCAGCCAGUCUGCAGACACGCGGCGCCGCACCGAGCGCCUCAUCGCCGCCAAGAAGGACGACUUCAACCGCAAGAACGCCGCCAACAAGCGAGCGCUCGCAGACCUCAGCGGCCGAGCUCAGGGCCUGGACCUGAAGAAGAUCAACGAGAAGGUGUGCGGCGCCCCAGGUGACGCCCCCUGUGGUGAAAGCCCUUGUGGCGGAGCAGGUUGCCUUGACGAUGAAGGGAGCCGUCACUGCGGAGGACUGAACUGUAACGGCGCCGUGGCGAUGGCCCACAACGCCCUGGAGACGGCCAAGCACGCCGAGAAGCAGCUCCACAAGGCCAUGGGGGACGUGGAGGGCCUCUACACUAAGGUGGCCGACGCCAAAACCAGAGCAGAGGAGGCCAGAGGGAAAGCCCAGGCCGCUCUGGACAAAGCCACAGCCACAAAGAACCAGGUGGAGCGCUCCAACAACGACCUGAGAGACCUCAUCAAGCAGAUCAGAGACUUCCUGACGCAGGAAGGCGCCGACCCCGACAGCAUCGAGGCCGUGGCGAACCGCGUGCUGGAGCUCUCCAUCCCCGCCUCGCCGCUCCAGAUCCGCCAUCUGGCCGACGAGAUCAAGGAGCGAGUGCGCAGCCUCUCCAACGUGGACGCCAUCCUGCGGCAGACGCAGGGCGACGUGCGCGAGGCGGAGCGGCUGCUGCUGGACGCUAAGAGGGCCAGGCACAGCGCCGAGGGCGUGAAGGCCACGGCGGAGACGGUGAGGCGGGCGCUGCUGGACGCUCAGGCGGCUCAGACGUCGGCGGAGAAGGCCAUCGGCAGAGCCACGGCCGACAUCGGGGAGACGGAGGCCCGACUGGUGCAGAUUGAGUCUGAAACCUCCAACAGUGAGAAGGACCUGAGCGAGGCCAUGGACCGCCUGGGCACGCUGGGCCGGGAGGUCGCCGCCCUGCAGACCAAACGGGCCAACAACAGCAUGGCAGCGGCCCGCGCUGAGGAGACGGCCACCAUGGCACGAGACAAGGCCAACGAAGCCAAGCAGAUUCUAGACGGCCAGCUGACGGAUAAAUACCACGAGGUGCAGCAACGAGUCGACACGAAGGCCAAAGCUGUGCAGGAGGCCAAGAAAAGAGCCGAGAGCCUCCGAGAGGAAGCUAAGGAACUCCUGAGAGACGCCCAGAACAAGCUGCACCGGCUAGCAGAGCUGGAGAAGAACUACGAGGAGAACCAGAAGCAUCUGGAGGGUAAAGCGCGUCAGCUGGACGGCCUGGAGGACAAGAUGAAAUCCAUCCUGAGUGACAUCAACAAGCAGAUCCAGAUCUACAACACGUGCCAGUAGCUCCUCCCACUUCCUCAACAACAGUAACAGAGACUUUGAGGAACCGGUGAUGUCAUCACUCUGCACUCUCAUCACGAUGCAUUCACAUAUCCUGAGUGCACACGGUGGCUCUCAUAAUUAUAUAACUAUAUAAUGAUACACACGCAUAACUGAAACCCAGAGCUGACCAUGAACAAGGAGCCGUCACAGAUGUUAUUAUUAGGAUUUUAAUGUGCACAUUAUUAUUGUUUGGAAAUAUAUCCGUGUUUUUAAAAAAAAGUGUGUUUUGAACAUGAACAUUAUAUUUUAGAAUAUGUCAAUCAUACUGUUGAGAAUAAUGCAAACGUAGUUGAACAGAGACUUUAUGAUCGAGUUCAUAAUAAUCAAUAAUCUAUCGUCUCCGUUACUAUGGAUGACAACUCUGAGCUCUCCCUUCAGCAACUUCUGAGGACAAUCUGUAAUAACAACUAAUUACUAUAAGGCGUUAAUCAUUUUUAUAUAUUUAAAAUAAGCCAAACAAUGGAGCCACGGAGAUCCCCUCUCUUCAGAGACGGUCUUUUGGGUUUUAAAUGUUUUACGACCAGCUGCUGUGCCUGGAAUGAAAUGUUUAUAUCGAGUCUGCCUUCGAAACACAGGAAACAAAUCAUAUGAACUUUGUUAUGUAAAAAUAUCUGACUGCUCAGCCAAAAGAUCAAAGAAGGCCUCCUCCGCCUGGAGCGUGAGGCUGUCCACGAUACAGUAGGGCUGUAAUAAUAACAGAUGUUGUUGUUGUUGUUGUUGUGGACCUACCCUGGACUAAGAGUUGAUCCUGAGAUCACUUCGCCCCCUUUUCACACACACAUUGUUGACCCAGGGCGAUAAGAUUCACACUUCUACUCGCCCGGUUAACACAAGACUAACGUUCACGCUCUAGAAAGACGACUAUCACAGACUAGACAACAACAACAACAACAAUAUGAUGCAAACUUCCAGACAAGAGUUCUGGUCCAUUUUCAGGGGGAUAACCCCGCAAAUUCAAGGCCGACCGCGGGGCUGGAGCCCGAGGCUGAAGUCGGGGUGAGUCUCAGCCCCAAGGGAACCGCCCUCGGUCCUCAUGGGUCCUCAUGGGUCCUCAUGGGUCCUCAUGGGUCCUCAUGGGCCGGAGCCUUCAGGCUGCAGGUGGAAACACGCAGAUAUGAGGAGUGUGUGUGAAGAACAAAAUGUCAAACGAUGAACGACAUGCCAAAGCAAAAAUACCAAAAGAAGCUUGUGCAAAGUGGUGAAUAAAGCCGGAUGAGUGAAGACGUUUCUGUGUGUGCGCCGCUUGUUGUGUCGUCGCUGUAUCCGAGGCCCAUUUCAUACGCUGGCUGUCUGCAUGGGUUCACACAGCAGGGUCCCGGUCCAUUUGGACCCUCUGGACCCACUCAGUAUAUUCCAUCUCUCCAUUCUAGACUUUAAAAAGUUUAUUUAAUGACAUUCAUACAUCUCAAUGAUUUGGGUGAUGAUCAUAAACCUUCUCGGGUACAAAACAGUCUCCUUCGUUAAUGAGAUUUUGUAUUAUACUAUUUUUUUAAAGGGAAAUAUGCAAAUAGACACCGAUGAAACCAGAGAUGAAGAACACUCAUAUAGAGUCAACAUUGGUGCUUCUCAUACUAAUUAUAAAUAUGAGCUGAUACACAGUGACAUGUAUAUUUUUUUAAUGUUAUUUUUGAGUAAUUUAAAGCAAUCGUGGUGGCUCGUUGGGACUCCCUGGCGUGGAGUCGUGCUCCACCGGGGGAGCUGCAUCAUCACCGUCGGCAUGCGGAGGAUGACACAGGGCCCCGUCUAAUAGUCGUAUGGCCCUCCUCCAGAGGGUUAAAAAUAAAUGUCUGUGGGAACGUAGGCCCAUAUAAAUAGUUGACAUAUGAACAUCUUUUGAAUUUUGACUGGAGGAUCAGGGAUGGUCUUCAGCUCAGAAACCAACCAGGAUCAUACACUUGAAUAUUGAAUUACUAUCUGAGGUUUCCUGACCCUUCAGAUUAAAAACUGUAUUGAUAUAUAUACAUAUAUAUACACAUAUGAUACGUAUAUAUAUAUAGAUAAUGAGGCAUUAUUUAAACUUAUUAUAUUUUUUGCAACCCUUUUUCGCUGUUGAUUACAUCCUGAUAAAUAAGCUUUAGAAAAUAUAUUAUAUAUUAGUUUAUUAUUAUUAUAUAUGUAUAUACACUACCGUUCAAAAGUUUGGGAUCACCCAGACAAUUUCGUGUUUUCCAUGAAAACUCACUUUUAUUUAUCAAAUGAGUUGCAAAAUGUAUAGAAAAUAUAGUCAAGACAUUGACAAGGUUAGAAAUAAUGAUUUGUAUUUGAAGUAUUAAUUUUUUUCUUCAAACUUUGCUUUCGUCAAAGAAUGCUCCUUUAGCAGCAAUUCCAGCAUUGCAGACCUUUGGCAUUCUAGCUGUUAAUUUGUUGAGGUAAUCUGUUGAAAUGUCACCCCACGCUUCCUGAAGCACCUCCACAAGUUGGAUUGGCUUGAUGGGCACUUCUUGAGGACCAUACGGUCAAGCUGCUCCCACAACAGCUCAAUGGGGUUGAGAUCUGGUGACUGGCCACUCCAUUACAGACAGCAAGCUGCCUGCUUCUUCCCUCAAGAGUUCUUGCACAAUGUGGAGGUGUGCUUUGGGUCAUUGUCCUGUUGGAGGAGGACAUUGGCUCCAAUCAAGCGCUGCCCACAGGGUAUGGCAUGGCGUUGCAAAAUGGAGUGAUAGCCUUCCUUAUUUAAAAUCCCUUUACCUGGUACAAAUCUCCCACUUUCCCAGCACCAAAGCAGCCCCAGACCAUCACAUGACCUCCACCAUGCUUGACAGAUGGUGUCAGGCACUCUUCCAGCAUCUUUUCACCUGUUCUGCGUCUCACAAAUGUUCUUCUGUGUGAUCCAAACACCUCAAACUUGGAUUCAUCUGUCCAGAACACCUUUUUCCAAUCUUCCUCUGUCCAAUGCCUGUGUUCUUUUGCCCAUACCAAUCUUUUCUUUUCAUUGGCCAGUCUCAGAUAUGGCUUUUUCUUUGCCACUCUGCCUAGAAGGCCAGCAUCCCGGAGUCGCCUCUUCACUGUCGACGUUGACACUGGCGUUUUGCGGGUACCAUUUAAAGAAGCUGCCAGUUGAGGACCUGUGAGGCGUCUAUUUCUCAAACUAGAGACUCUAAUGUACUUGUCUUCUUGCUGAGUUGUGGGGGGGGGGGGGGUGCUAGUGAGUGUGCUCACCUAUACGCGCGGAUGUGUCGGCGCGCAUUACCGCAGAGCGAUGCGACCCGAGAAGUGUUAACGGGGGUGCUGAGCGAUUAAACAUCUCUCUUGUUCUGCCUGUUUUGUGAUAUACAUGCCUAAAAGGUGCCUAAUAUUUCUAGACUGAAAUAAUAUCGGCAUUAUAAUUAUUAUAUGUAUGAGGAUUUUUUUAGUUGCCUAUUUUGUGGUGCCCCUUCAGGACUUGGUGCCCUACGCUCAGCGCACUAUGGGAGCGGCGGCGCUGAUCACAACUCUGAUCAAAACAUAAACUAGGGAUUGUAGUGUAUUUUGCAUUACCGCCAUUCGUAUCGUUAUGGGCCCAGAGGCUUGCAAGGUUUCUGUAGUGUGGAGUGAAGUCAUGUGUGAGUGGGGGCUAUAGGCCCCCUCGAAACCAUUGCGGCCAGCCUAUAGUUCCGAACGUGAACGCCUCUUCUUUACUCCUAUAUAAGCUGUAACAACAUAUACAAACGUUGAACUUUCUCAUCUGGACCCUGAAAGUUUCCGGUCGUUCUAAUAGGCGUCUGUUUUGACUUGUAUACUCUUGUAGAAUAAACUUUGUAUUCUUAUCAAG